AGGAGCCGGACGUUCGGUUUAAGCUGGAAGCAACUGGUGCUUUUGCGGAUUCAGUCCGGGAUCGUGCAACGCAAACAUAAUACACACCGACAUGACAAUGCUGCGUCGCUGUGCGUCUUUUCCGGCUUUUAGUGCAUUUAUAGCAUUGAUAUAAACCUUUAAUCCGCGGCCAGUUAAAUAAAAUAAAUAAAUGAAUAAAUAGAAAAAGAUAAGGAGCUGCUGGACCCUGACUCAGAGUGGUCGUACGGAGUAGAUUUUGCGAUGCGUGCUUCUGACCAGCAAUAUCAUGCAUGAAUGCAUUUCUUCACUGUUCAUUCUUCCAUCGUGCAUGCCUUCUGCCCUGGCCUGACCAGGCCUUUUCUCUCUCUGUCUCUUCUUCAUAUAUAAAAACUAACAUCACAUCGCAAUGGGCAAGAAUGAAGCCGAGAGUAACUACCAUUGUGUCUUCUCCAAAAAAGCAAUUCUGCAAUCAAGGAGGAAAACGGAGAACAAGAAAGUCUCGCCUUGCCACAGCGAACUUGAAGCUCAAUCCCAGCCUGUUCUUGGUCCUGGAUGUGAGAAGGAAAAGGCCCUGCAGCACCAGUGCUUUGACCACACUAACCUCAAGCAGGCCGGUGAACUGUGCCAAAGGCUUGCAGAUGAGAUCACUGGCAUCGUAAGACCAAGCAGGACAACAGACGCGGGUGAGAAUUUGGCAGAAAUUGACUCAAGUUGUAAAGGCAAUGGAGCAGCAUACUGUAAACUGGAGGAGUUGCUGAACACUCUCCAUGGAGUGACAAACAAGGAGAAGGAUGGUCUUCUGCAGUGCCUCUGGGAGGAAGUGGAGCUGGAGAAGAGCUACUUCCUGUGCCACUUGUUAAAAGUACAUGGGCAUCCUUCACUAGUGGUAGAAGAGAGCGAGGACAAAGUUAUAAAAGAGACAGCUAAGUGGAGGUCAGAGGACUCUCAGAAACGUCCACUUAUGAAAAGAAACAGACAAAAACUGGAAAGCUCAUCUGAAAAGCAGGAUUCUGGAAUAAGCCCUCUCCGUUCUUCCUUAGUGGAGGAACCGAACAACAAGAGGGAUCUUUAUCAAUCUUUUCCUGAUGUGGGGCGGGAACUCCAUAGUUCUUGUCCACCUCUGGAAAAGUUGUCUCCCUCCAGAUGUUCAGAAGACAACAUGGAAGACACAAACGGGGAAGAUUGUGACUAUCUAGUGCGGCAGAACUCAGAGCUCCUGAGAGCACUGGAGGAACUAGAGAAGACCGUCUCCACACUCCGAGAGGAAAACAGCCUUUUGCGUAAGAGCAGUUGUCCUGAAACGGAUGACAAGGUGAAGAGGCUGAGGAGAAAAAAUGCUGAGCUGGCUGUCAUCGCCAAGCGGCUGGAGGAGAGGGCACACAAACUGCAGGAGGCCAAUCUUAAAGUGGUGAAUGCCCCGAUCCCCAUAAAACCCGGGAUAGCUGAGCAAUACAAGAGAGCGUUUGCAAGGCAGCGGGCACGAGACCUGGCGCAGCACGCAGACACGCUCCUCUCCAAAGACAAGGAGAUCGCCGCCCUGCAGCACGAAUGCCGCCAGUUAGAGGCCAGAAUCGGACAGGACAAAGGUGGUCCUGGUCAAGCAGGAGCAGGGGGAUUCGAGCGUUUGCUGAAGGAGUCCCAGAAGGAGGUGCUGCGACUGCAGAGGCAGCUCUCGGCCAGCUCGGCUCGGGAUCAGAGCACAGCUGGAGGAGCCGAGAAAGAUCGAGAACAAAAAGAGACACCCGUUGUAUGUGAAACCCCACAGUCUGUAGUUAAUGAAGUUCUUGUUAAAGGGGAGGAAUCCCUUAGAAAAGGGGAGGAGAAUAGAGCACGAGUAAUCCCGGAGCAGGACACAAGCUCUACCCACCAGGAAGAACAGACACAAAAGGACCGUAUAGAGUUUCUGGAAAGCGAGUUGAGCAAGAAGAGAAAAGAAUGUGAAGGUCUCGAGCAUGAAGUAAGGAAGAGGCAGAAGAGAUGUCUCGAUUUGGAGAGCCAGCUUGAGGAUGAGCGCAGCAAAAAUGAGCGCUUAACAGAGGAGACCGAACUCCUCAGGAGGAAGGCUCAGCUGCUUGAGCAGUCUCAGGUCGAGAAUGAGGAGCUGAGAGAGGAGCUCUCUACAGUGAGCGCUCGCUAUAGUUCAGUUCUCGAGGAGAACCAGAGACUCCGUGCCAAGCUGGAGAACCUAGAGCAGGUCCUAAAGCAUAUGCGAGAGGUCGCAGAGCGCAGGCAGCAGCUGGAACUAGAGCAUGAGCAGGCACUGGCAAUCCUCAAGUUCAAACAGGAUGAAAUCAAACGACUUCAGCGGGCUCAGUUAUUUGCUAAGAGAGAGCAUGAAGGCGUUGUGCAAAUGCUUGAGGCAUUGAUCCAGUUUGUAUUGCUGAGAGAGCUGGCGAAGGUACGGGAGCUGGAGCAGAAGUGCCGCAGUCAGAGCGAGCAGUUCAGCCUUCUCUCUCAGGAGCUGGACAAAUUUCGACAGCAGGCCUCUAAGAUCGACCUGUCGGCUCCUGGACUGCUGUGCUCCAGCCUCACACAACUUCCCAACGGCCUCAGUCUGCCCACAGACACUGGCUGUAGUGCCUCAUGGGAUGACAUCGCCUUCUGGAGUCUGGAGGGUAAUGAGGCCCUCUGUGACGUCUCUGAGCAGGAUUUGGCUGCGGUCCUUCGGUCCGGCUCGACGCCAUACUCAGCAGGUCUGUCCCAGUCCGAGCGCUCACCAGGCACCAAACACCGCGAGCUGCCCAGCCUAAACCCCAAAUCCACCUCCACUUCCACCUCGAGCACAUCUCCACAAAAGUCUGAAAACAUCCACCUGUCGCCAAAAUCAGCCACAAACCCACGCAAAGCCAGCCCAACUCACGAGGUGGACACUGCCAGUGAGGUUGAGGAGCUAGACAUCGAUGUAUCACCCAUUCCCUUCCCAGCCAGUCGAGCUGCUAAACUCCAGGUCUUUAUUGCACGUUACAGCUACAACCCAUAUGAUGGCCCAAAUGAUAAUCCAGAGGUAGAGCUGCCCUUGACAGCAGGGGAAUACAUCUAUGUGUAUGGAGACAUGGACGAUGAUGGCUUCUAUGAAGGAGAGUUGAUGGAUGGCCGUCGAGGCCUGGUCCCAUCCAACUUUGUGGAGCGCAUCUCGGACGAUGAGGCACAUGAAGCCACCGACUUUUCCCACAACUCCUUCGUGGAAAGCAGCUUUCACAGCACCUCAGAGAGACCACAUCAGCACCAACACCAUGUGCGUUUAAGCCACAGCAUCACAGACAGGACAGAGGCCUCAGCUACCAAUGAAAUCAGCAAACCAGGCACUGUGCAACUUGUGAAUGGUUUGGACAUGGAUCUGGACUUGGAGGAUGACACAGAGGCUCACAUCGUGCCUCAUCCUCACAAGCUGACUCUAAUCAAACAGUUAGCUAAGAGCAUAGUGUUGGGCUGGGAGGCACCCACGGGAAGAGUCACAGUUCGAAGCUACAACGUCUACGUAGACCAAGAACUGCGCCUCAGUGUGCCUACGGGAAACCCAACCAAGGCCGUGUUAGAGAGGAUGGAUACGAGCCAUAAGAUUCAACGUGUGGCUGUGCAGAGCGUGACGGAGCAUGGUAGCUCUGACCCCUUGCGUUGCUGUAUGCUGGUAGGAAAGGAUGUGUGCGCGGCACCCACCAAGCUGCGGGUAGAUCGUAUCAUGGCCACUUCAGCUCGUCUCACCUGGUUGCCUAGCAACAGCAUUUAUGCACAUACCGUCUCUUUGAAUGGUGAGCUGCGUGAGCUGGUGCAAGCUGGCAGAUAUUCACUGCGCCUUGGUGACCUUAUACCUGGUCUGCACUACCGUGUGGAGGUGGAGGCACAGCUGCCGUUAGAGCGAAGGGAACACAAGUGUGCUGUUACUUCCUUUACCACACUUACCGCAGGUCCUCCUGAUGCUCCUCUGGAUGUGCAGCUGGAACAGGGGCCUACCCCAGGGAUUGCUCAGAUCAGCUGGCUCCCUGUCACUAUAGAUGCUGCUGGAACUUCCAACGGAGUCCGUGUCACCGGCUACACCAUUUAUGCUGACAAAAAAAAGGUGUUGGAGGUGUCCUCACCCACAGCGGGCAGCGCUCUGAUUGGUCCUUCACAGAUCGAAAUGCUUCAAACAGCCCACGAGCUUACUGUGCGCACCAUGUCUCCUCAUGGUGAGUCGGCAGACUCGACACCCGUGAAUGUGCCUGCCAAGCUUCCUGCCAUCAUGGCGGGUGCCUCCAUGCCUCCCUGCCAACUUGUGCCAACCCACACUAGUGUCCUAACCACCAGUGCCACCAACAAGGAGCCCAGUGUCUGUGCCACCUCUCUGUCUGCUGCCAAAACACCCACAAUGCCACUGAGCUCUGUACUAGGUGCAAGUCCUGUUCAAGAUGCUUCUCCCAUCAGGGAUGUUUAUGCCAACACACCCAAAGCUGCCACCAAUGAUGCCCCUCUGCCCACUGCCUCAUAUGUAGAGGCAUGGGCGAAUCCAGCUGUGGCUUUGCAGCAGUCACCAUCACCUCCUUGUGCCAGUGCCAACCUACAGCAGGAAACUGUAUCUUCACCAAAAGUUAUCCCCUCUCCUGUGGCAGUCCCAAUACCCAUUCCCACAUCCAGUGCCCUGGGAUCAGCACAGCCCAGUGUAACACUUAUAACAACUCCAGAGCCUAGCAGAGAGCCCAGGAGCCCAGGGCCACAACGUUCCCUUACUUCGGUUACUGAUUUCCUGGAUGACCCCUUGCCACACAAGUCAUCAUCCAUGCCCAGUGUGCCCAAAGUCAUGGCCCCAGAGACUGAUCUGCUUGACACACCUGAUACACAUCCCCUGCGGCCACCUCACCCCUUACCCAUAGAGUCAGAGCCGGAAGGUGACCGGGAGAAUACUCGCCUGGUAUCCAUCGAAGAGUUCCUGCAACCUGAACCUGUGCCCAGAACAAAGAUUUAUGCAGGAGGUCUGAUGGACCCUCCGCCUGACUAUCAUGUGGAGAGUAGCCGUUCAGACCUGUCCGAUAUCCUGGAAGAGGAGGAAGAAGAUCUGUAUUCUGAGUCUGCCGCUGAUGUAACACCCAAGAAUUACAAUUCUGGAAGUUCGGGCAAGGCAGAGGGAUGGGAGGUUGACAGUGAUGAGGAGGUCUUGGAGAAGAUCCUGAAACUUCAUCCCCAGGUUUUUUCUAAUAAACAGCUCUUCAGUAUACCUGAGGUGACUGAGGAAGAGGACAAUAGCGAAUCAGAGCCUUACUCGAGGCAAUCUCCAGUCAAAGGGCGCCUUCUGCGCCAGCCUGCUUCUGGAAAAUGUAAUCCAUGUGGAGACAAAUUAAAAAUUACAAGAGGGACCACGCAGGUCCGGUCUCGACCUGAACCGAAUUACGUCGACACAGAGGACACCACCAACUACGAGGACGAUGAGGAGGUGGAUAUUGAUUUAGAAAGCAGCCCGUAUGUGGGUCUAUGCAACAAAGAAAUGACCCCACGACGUUCGCAUCGGGUACAGCGUGAAAGGGACAGACUUCGGAGAGAAGCCCUACUUCGGAGCCAAAUGACCUCCAACCUUUCCACCAAAAGGGUGACAGCACAAGGGCCAUACAUGCUCAGCACAACAGUUCGCCAUGUUAAGACACCUGCUGUGGAGAUAGACGUGGAGUACGGGACAGAUAACGAUGAAGAGUCAUCGCAGUUUGACCCUGAAGAAGUUGUGGUGGAGCAGAUGAGCUCAGAGUGGUGGGUGGAGGGUGGAAACAAUGAUUACCACCACACCUCGUCACUGCAACAGUCCAAACAAGAUACACUUAACGUCGUGGCACCCAGUCACCACAAAUGGAAGGCUGCUGGUCUUGCAGACGCAGGAACGGCUUGGUGUGGCCCCAGAGACAUCUCUCCAAAAUGUAAUCGAUCGGAGACCAAAUUGCCUAGAGAUGCACAACCAGUUGAUGCCAGUGAGGUGCGGAUUUUCGUUGCUCUCUUCCCAUACGAUCCUUCAACAAUGUCACCCAAUCGUGAUGCAGCAGAGGAGGAGCUUCCCUUCAAGGAGGGACAGAUCAUUAAGAUCUACGGUGAUAAGGACACAGAUGGGUUUUACCACGGAGAGUCAGGUGGUCGUCAUGGUUACGUGCCCUGCAACAUGGUCUCUGAGAUUCAGGUGGAUGAUGACGAGACCAGAGAUCAGCUUCUACAGCAGGACUUUCUGUCUACUGAGACUACUGUGGAGAAAAUAGGCACACGCUCACUCGCUCAGCUUCCGCACCGUCCGGCUCCACCACCCAAACCUAGACGCUCCAAGAAAGUGGAAUCUACAGGAGUUUUGGAGGACAGUUCCAACACUGAGUCCUCCAACAAAGAUAACGCAAGGCAAUCAGCCGCUGGCAUGGGAAACCCUGUACCUUGCAGGAUGGUGGCCAUCUUUGAUUACGACCCCAGAGAAAGCUCUCCUAAUGCUGACGUUGAGGCCGAGCUGACCUUUAAUGCCGGGGACAUCAUCUAUGUGUUUGGAGACAUGGACGACGACGGCUUUUUUUACGGGGAUUUAAAUGGACAAAAAGGGCUGGUACCUUCCAAUUUCCUUCAGGCUUUUCCAGAAAACGGAGAUGAGUUUGCAAAACCCGAGCACACUAUAGCCAACAGCCGGAGAGACUCGCAGGUGAGUCAUGCUGCGUCUGUAGAGCAGACGGAGCUCCACACAUCAAGUCCCGCAGAUGAGACCCAGGCCAAGCCCAGUUCUCAACCUAAUGCACAGCAAAACCUCCCUCCAGACCAGCAGCUUGAAAACCACUCGGGUCCAUCUCCGUUCUCAGGCCAUUCUCCUUCUCUCCAUGGUCCACCACAGGACCAUGCUGUCACCGACACCUCUCCACCUGAAAAGAAGAAAAAAGGCUUUUUCUCUAAAGGAAAGAAGCUCUUCAAGAAGCUGGGUUCCAGCAAGAAGGAAUAAAAGCUAAAGACUGUUCGCCAAUUGCACUUUUUCCAUGUUGAUGUACAUUUGUCUGCACGUGUUUCUGAUUUUAUGGAUAGAUUUAAGCUCUGACAUGUCACUCUCUGUGCUUUUUUUCCGUUUGCCACCAGGAUAAAAGUGUGUUCUUCGUGCUUCAAACAAAGCAAACUCCUGACUUAAAACAUUUACAUCUCAAUCAAACCAGAGUAGUCUAUACACAGAAAAUACACAAAGCUAGCAACUAACAGCGAGUGGGCGCAAAACUUGAAACAAACAUUUAACCAAAUGUCGGCUUUUUACAGUUGAAGUCGCAUGUAGUGUUGCAUUAUUAUGAUUCAAACGUAACAUGCAGUAAAAAAUAACAUGCAAAUGAUUAGUGAAUUGCACAGAAUAGCAACAACAUGGUUUUUGCGUGCGCUAAACUUUUUUAUUAAACGUAGAAAUUUCAUAUAUAAUGGUAGCAAUGAAACAGUGAGAAAACACAGAAAAAAAAACUUCUGUCGUAUUUAUUUGCGCACACAAACGAUUUGCCUGAACCUGACUUUUGGGUUUCGAGAUUUUAUUGCAGGUACAUUGACAUUGUAAAAUAACUACAUUUUCAUCUACAUGCAUUUUAGACCUGUAGGUAAAAAGGCCCACAAUUGCCUAACCCGUAAACCGAACUGACAAGUGCUCUGCUUCACGUCAUACCUCAACCACAUGUCCCUGAUCAUUUUGUGAUUUUGACCCUAUGAUUCAUAUUUAUCUGAGAAGACGUAAAAAGUCAUUUAUUUUCUGAGUCCGAAGAGAUAACCAGCUCAGAUUAGUCAUCAUCACGUAACUACUGUAAUGCACUAUAAGACUCCCCUCUAGUGACUUAAAAUUAUGUCUUUUUUUGUUUGGUUUUUUUGGCCCCUAAGAUGAAUUGUUGUGUAGUCAUGGUGCAAACAUCAGAUCGGAUCAGAUGAGAUGGGGGUGGAUGUGGUUUUGUGCUUUUAGCCUUUAAACUUUUUGUUGUUUGUGUAUUUUAUGGCAAUAAGGUUCGGUCCGGUUUUUGCAGGAAUGUGUAAUGUUCAAUCUAUUAGGACAAAUUUCGGGAGGUUUGGUCUGUCUUUGCUUUGCUCAUGGACUCGAGUAGCAAAAAGUAAAGCAGUGUGUGUAUUUGUGUAUGUGUUUGUUUGUGUGUGUGUGUGUGUGUGUGUGUGUGUGUGUGUGUGUGUGUGUGUCAAACAGGAAAUUUCAUCAUUUCAAUAUUAGUGUAAAAACACGUUUGCAUUAAACAGCGUGACUCCAGUUCAAUAAUCAUUUUUUUCUACUUUAAUGACUAAAAAUAAUUUGUGUAAAGCAAAGUAUGACAUACCUCUGUUUCAGUAUGUGUUUCCUGUAACGUGUAGGUCUAAAGCUUUUUGGCUAGAUAUUUGGCCAGAUUGUGUUGUCGCUGGCUACCAUAGCACACAUACAGUACAUGAAUUCUGAAAAUGUCGAUCUUGACCAAUUUAGGACCAGUGCGACCAAACACAGCAGCUGUCAGGCAGGUUUUAUUAAAACCUCAAAGUGUGGCCUGUGCUACAAUGUUCAUCCGAACAACAAUCAGUUACACGAAACUCACAGAUAGCUACAGAUUGUUGGAAAAUAUUCAUGAAAAUGCUGACUUGCUCAAGUGAAUUAGCAUGAAGUUACAUAUGUACAGUGAGUUAGCAAAUAUAAUGGACAGGAGAAAAAAAAAAUCAUUAUUACCUCAAGUUCACUUCAGAGAAUGUUGCAUUCCUUUUAAUCAUAAGACAAUGAGGGCUUGUUUCUGUUUAUGCAACAAUUUUUAAGCACGAGCCCAGCGUCUACUGAUUUAUUACAUAGACAAUACAUUGUAGUUUUCAAGUUAUCACUGGUCUAUCGUUAGCAUCUUCUUUGUAUAAGCUGACAUAGAGAACAUGUUAUUACAGAGUCUGGUAUACAUUUGAUUUGGCUCUUUUCGUCACAUUGUGACAUGAUAUUUUAAGAAUUCUAAAACGAACAAUCGAAGCAUCCUAUCAGGCUGUGUAUCAGCCUUUAGGACAUGGUGGAUGCUCCAAACCAGAACACCACACACUUUUAUUCGCCAAACCCUUUCGGUGCUGUUUGUGUUACUAUGACAGUAAAAAGCUGAUGAGUGAGCGGGGACCAAGCACCAUGCACUCUGUAGACCAGAAGUCCAGUGUCUAGGUUUCUGCUCAAGUUCAGUUCGGUCUCUAUUCUGAACCAAAAGAUCUAAUUUAAUUACACAGUGACUGUAUUCACCUUCAAUAUUUAAAAAUAGCUAAAAUAUUUCUGUGUAGCCUGUAGGUAACUUCGGUUUUUAAGCAAGCAAAGAUCCCUCAGCUGUGCUAUAAAACUUGCUUGCUUAUUAUAGUUCACAGGCUUUAACCACAUCUCAAUGCAAUAGCUACCGCUAAGCUAAGCUAAGCUAAGCCUCUCUCUGCUAACCUGCUUCCACAGCUAGACCACAGUAACUUACUAGCCUUACAAGAGACCUUGUUUAGUCUUACUUCGAUGUUUACUUUUUACUGUACUUCUACUAACUGCAUGCAUGAAGGUGUCGCACCCAGACACUGCCUUAUUUAUCAAUAUUUAAAUAUUUAUAAUAGUAUCUUGCAUUUCUUUAAGGCUACAAUGUAUUUGCCAGACUUUUUCUCACUGGAGUCAGUUGCAAUGAAGGCCACUGGAAAAUAUCAGCUGAUACUUUGGUUUGUGUAUGAUGAUGUACAGUGUUUAGGUGAACGGUUUGCACUUUGUGAUUUUGACGUACGGUAUUUUCGAACACUACGAGAAGCUUCGUUCUCACGUUGGUCUCUCAGAGUUUCUGCAAGUGUCACUCGGAGAACAGGAACCUGUUUUGUAAAUCUGAGGUUUUGUAAUCAGUUUUUUUUUUUAAACUUGUAAAUAAUUUUCUUUCACAUUUUUCUUUUCUUUUUUUUUUGCAUGUUAAAGCAAGUUUUUUUUUUGAGUGAUGACUAGUAAGCUCAUUGUUGCUCAUUGAAGCGGCUGUGGUUGUUCAGUCUGACCUUUUUACAGAAAUAAAAGUCUAUUUUUGCAGAAAAAUCUUAAA